ACGUUUUCGUGACAUGACUCGCGACUUGUGGUACCAUGGUUUCGAUCACUACAUGACCCAUGCAUUCCCACUUGAUGAGCUCUCGCCUCUCUCCUGUUCCGGAAAUGGUCCUGACUGGGAAAAUCCUUCUAAUAUUGCGCGCAAUGACGUGUCGGGUAACUUUUCUUUGACUCUGAUAGAUGUUAUAGACACUCUGGUGGUUAUCGAUGAUCGGCGAGGAUUUCAAAAUGCCGUGCGCAACAUUAUAGACUGGGUCUCUUUUGACGUCAACACAAAACCUCAAGUAUUCGAGACUACUAUUCGUGUUCUAGGGGGCCUACUCUCUGGUCAUAUGUAUGCAAGCCAGCCUAACCAGCCAUUUUACUUACCGUGGUAUCGUGGGGAACUUCUCGAAAUGGCACACGACCUUGGAAAUAGACUUUUGCCUGCUUUUGCUACGCCCACGGGCAUUCCAUACGCUAGGUUGAAUCUUCGUCAUGGGGUUUUAAGGGGUGAAACGUUGGAAACAUGUACUGCGGGAGCCGGUUCACUCAUUUUGGAGUUUGCGACACUCAGUCGCCUGACCGGCGACGAUCGCUUUGAACAAGCCGCAUACAAGGCGUUCUUCGCGCUUUGGAAUCGUAAAUCAAGUUUAGGCCUAGUUGGCAACACAAUCAACAUAUGGACAGGGACAUGGACACAGCCCGAGAUAACCGGGAUCGGAGCAGGUAUUGAUUCGUUUUACGAAUACGCACUGAAAUGGUAUAUAUUAAGUGGUGAGAUCGAAUUUCUGGACGUCUGGCAAGAAGCCUACGCAGCUGUUAUGCGCUAUGCCCGGUCUCCUGAUGGUCAUUGGUACCGUAAUGUUAAUUUGCAUACUGGGGAUAUAGCAUAUGCUUCCGUCGACUCGUUAUCUGCGUUCUGGCCGGGCCUCCAAGUUUUGGCAGGUGAUAUCCCAAAUGCUAUAAAAUCUCAUUUACUCUACUGGAAUAUUUGGAAGCGACACUCUGGGCUGCCAGAAGUAUGGGAUGCCGGUUUUAUGCAAGCAACGUCUUUCCAAUUUCCCUUACGGCCCGAAUUCGUGGAAUCUACCUGGUAUUUAUAUAGAGCUACACGUGAUACCUUUUACCUGGAUGUAGGAAAGCGUAUAUUGGAGGAUAUAACUAUUCGAGCGAAAGUUGAUUGCGGCCUCACGGGUAUCAAAGAUUUACGAACCAAUGCCAGAGAUGAUAGGAUGGAAUCUUUUGUACUUUCGGAGACGUUGAAGUAUCUGUAUUUGCUUUUUGACGAGGAAAAUCGUCUACACACAGACGACUCCAACUACGUUUUCACUACAGAAGGGCACAUCUUGUCCCUCCCAGCAGAUAAACUCAAGCCUUUGUCCGCGGUCCGUCGAAGGAUGCGGCGGUUGGAAAACCAUCAGUGUCCGGCUUAUAGGUCGAAGCAAACCUUGUCUAGACAUCCAUCUCAAGAGGGGUUGGUGCAGGGUAUCAAUUAUCGUGAUGAUAUCGAUUAUUCUAGGCAUCUUGUUGGGUCAUCCCCUCAGUCGCAAGACGAAUUACACUGGUCGCCCGACGGCUGGUGCGCAUUACCCGACGCGAAAUUAUAUUCAUACGACUUUGUGCUAUCACAUCAUGGUAUCGCUGUCCGUGAAGAUAUAAAUCCAACCACGCGAAAACUCAAACCAGUGGAUGAUGGUUUUGUCCUGCAGAAUAUUUCUGGAAUUAGAACGCGUAUGGUUAGCCGCUUAGAUGGCCUGGGUUAUGACAUCACGAAACUUGGACCUUAUGCUGUUCGCACUGGUCAAGUAGUUUAUGUCAAUGAUACAUCCCUCAGUCGUUUCUCGGUUGCAGCCGUUUCCAACGAUCCUCACCGCAGCUCUGACGUGGAACUUCGAAUUUUUCUUGAAGGGGCAGAUGUCACUUCAGGUGUCUCUAUGACAGGAUACAGGGCUCUCUUCGGUGGAGAAUUUCUCACCAAUGUGCAAGAUGAUAUAGACACAUCGCUAAAUCGCCGCGGAGAAGGUUUGCACAUCCGGCGGGACAGGGGUAAUAUUUUGGGAUGCGAGCCGUAUAGCCAAAGCCUUACUGGUGACGCUGUAAUUGUAUCCAGAGGCGAUUGUUCAUUCUUGGAGAAGCUCGUUCGCGCACAGGAUGCAGGGGCUCGAGGACUCGUCGUGGUUAGCGAUAGCGACCUACCAAUACAGCCUUCAGCCGGGAUAGAUGAAAUAGAGGCUGCAGGAGACUUGAGUGAAGUGGGUUUGGUGCUAGUCACCCAGACUACAGGCCAAAUCCUGCUGUCUAUGAUGGAUCAAUAUGAAGGAGAGGGCAUGGAACAUCUUUUGAUCGCCAUUCACUCCGAAAACAAGUCGACAGUCGCGGACCAAAAAAGUGAUAGGAUUGAUGAGGAGGAUGAUGGACAGAUUCUAUACAUCAAUGGUCACCCAUUGAUAAACACUAGACUGCUAAUAUAACACUAAAUCAUGAAUAUACACAUACUAGCCAUCGUGCGCCUGCUGCAAAGUGGCAGACUUCAAGAGAGUAAAGAUACAGAAAACAGGCUUGACGCUUUUCAAAUACAGAGGUUGCUAACAGGGGUACAAUAUACGAUACAGAAGCCAAUAUUUCAGCCCUCACCAUGCAUCAUUUUCGUUCAGUAA